AAUGAAUGUCGACACCGGGCGCCUCCCCCUCCCCUCCUGCUCCGCAGCAGCAGCAGGUUGUGAGCUCGCGCUGGAGGAGCUGUGUGAUGCUGCUGAACACACCCUGAGCAUGUCGCUGUCUUUAGCAUCAGUGUGAACCAGCAAGCUGAAGAACAUGAACUCCUAUGAGGCGUAGUACCAGUGGACUGCAUCUGCUUGAGGUUUCUGUGAUGGCAGCGUCCAAGAUGUCUGUGCCGCUGGCUGUAGUGGUGGUCCUCUCAGUGCUGCUCACAGGAGCGACCCAUGCCGGGCCGGAGAUGGACCCGUACAAAAUCUUGGGAGUGACCAGGAGCGCCAGCCAGGCUGAGAUCAAGAAGGUCUAUAAGCGUCUCGCUAAAGAAUGGCAUCCGGACAAAAACAAAAAUCCAGGUGCUGAGGACAUGUUCAUCAAGAUUACCAAAUCUUAUGAGAUCCUGUCCAGUGAAGAAAAACGGGCCAAUUAUGACCGUUACGGGCAGACCGAUGACACCCAGCCGUACGGAGGCGCUCGCUACGGCCAUCGCCACGACAGCUUCUACUUCGACGAGUCCUUCUACAACUUCCCCUUCAACAGCAAGAACCAGAGGGACUUCGCCGACAACAAGUACACGCUGCAAUUUAACCAGUACGUGAACGACGUGGUGCCCGACAGCUACAAGAGGCCGUACCUGAUAAAGAUCACCUCCGACUGGUGCUUCAGCUGCAUCCACAUCGAGCCUGUGUGGAAGGAGGUGGUGCAGGAGAUGGAGACUCUAGGUGUCGGGAUCGGCGUGGUGGAUGUUGGCUAUGAGAGACGGCUAGCCAAUCACCUCGGGGCUCAUCGCACGCCAUCAAUACUUGGAGUCAUAAAUGGCAAAGUGACGUUUUUCCAUUACGCCGUAGCAAAGGAGCACCUGAGGCAGUUUUUGGAAGACCUCCUUCCUCAGAGACUUGUGGAAUGGGUCACCGACAAGAAUGACCUGCAGUUCCUGAGCAGCUGGCAUGAGCUCAACAAGCCACACGUGCUUCUGUUCGACCAAGUGCCUGUAGUUCCUCUGCUCUACAAACUGACAGCGUUUGCUUACAAGGACUACUUGCAGUUUGGCUAUGUGGACCAGGGCCUUUCAGAGACGGCUAACCUGCAGAAACAGUUCAACAUCAACACUUACGCUCCGACCAUGUUGGUCUUCAAAGAGAACAUCGACAAGCCCGCUGACAUUAUUCAGGCUAAAGGGAUGAAAAAGCAAAUCAUCGAUGAGUUCAUGUCAAACAACAGAUUCCUCCUCGUGCCACGGCUGGUCAAUCAGAAGCUCUUUGAUGAGCUCUGUCCUGUCAAACAGUUCCACAGACGCAGAAAAUUCUGUGUCCUGCUGAUCACAGGGGACGAGGAGACCUUUUCUUUUGGGAACCACGUGUUUCUCUCGUUUGCCUCGACCAACACCAAGGAUGUUGUGAGAUUUGCUUAUGUGUACCAACGGCUACAGCAACCUCUUUGUGACAUCUUCACGCAGAACAAGGACAGUGCAGAGUCAUCGGCACAGGUGGUGAUCCUGGAGAGGCGUAAUGCUGCAGGGAAGGCCUUGUUCAAGCCAGUGACGGCCUGGAACGGCAGCGAGGACGACAAGCAGCGUCUUCUGGAGGAGCUGGAGCGACUGCAGAAGGACCCGUCCAUCCUCGUCCACGACGCCAUGCUGCCCGAGCUCAACAACGAGUUUGCCUCAAUGUUUGUGAUCCGAUGGAUCUAUGCAUCGUACGAUUACCUCUCUGAAGUCAUUGAUGAUAUUCUGCACAACAACUGGCGUGAGAUGAUGCCUCUUCUGUCCCUCAUCUUCUCUGCCUUGUUCAUCUUGUUUGGAACUGUGGUCAUCCAGGCCUUCAGUGACUCAAGUGAAGAUAAGCAGACUAAACCAAAGGCAAAAGACGAAUCAAAAGCAGAAAAUGGGUCUCCAGGGACUUCAAGUCGGCCUCCCAAAAAGAGUUUUGUGGAGGUGACGGAGCUGACGGAUAUCACUUACAUAAGCAACCUGGUGAAGCUGAGGCCGGGACACAUGAACAUAGUGCUGGUGCUCACCGACGCCUCCAAGAACAUCCUCCUGAGCAAGUUUGCCAAAGAGGUCUACUCCUUCACAGGGAGCCCGACUCUGCAUUUCUCCUUCCUGAAUAUUGACAAGCACGGCGAGUGGAUGAACACACUGCUGGAAUACGCCCAGGACGCCAUGCAGAUUGACGAGGACGACGGGGGAAACCACAAGAUGGACUACACGGGCUACGUGCUGGCACUCAACGGCCACAAAAAGUACCUUUGUCUGUUUAAGCCCGUCUACACCGGGGAGGACCCCAGCAGCAAGUCAUCCGAGGACGAAGGGGCCGGUUCCGGGGGGAGGUCCAGGUCCAGCUCCCGCGACGACCACCUGCCGCGCAGAUCCAAGCGAUCCCGCAGCUUAUCCACCCUGCAGACCCACCACAAGCUGGACCGCCUGGCGCUGUGGAUGGAGAGGCUCAUGGAAGGCACUUUGCAUCGCUACUACAUCCCCACAUGGCCAGGACUGGACAAAAUCACCCCCAGUAAAUAGAUGGCGGAGAAUUCUACCCAAGUUAAGCUGGAGCUGCCUUUUUUUUUUUUUUUUUUUUUUUGCAUUUAAUAGAUACAGAUGUCUUUAAAGUUGGGACAAUAUUACAGAUUAGUGCAACUACUGUGGGCCAGGUCCUUUUAGCCAACCCCUCUUACACUCAUCGCAUGCUAGUUUCAACUGUUGGUAGUCGUACUAUAUUCCGGCAAAUGCUGCUGCAGCCUUGUGAACAGAAAACUAAAUCACUGUGGCCACCUGAACUCUCCUGCCUUCAUGACCGUCAGUCAUAGUCACGCACGCUAAAGGAGGCGGGAUAAUACCUUCGUCUUCAUGUAUGAAUACUGUGAAUAGAGAUGCAUGUCUCGAACACUAAAUGUCUCGCCUUGUCACGCAUCUCAGCCCAAUUUAUUUUCAGCUACAGAUGAUACCGACGCACUUGUGCAUUGCGGCGCACUCAUCGCUGCAGUGACGAAGCCUCGGUCUAUUUAACAACUCUGUUAGCCAGUAGCUUCAUGUAGCAGACAUUACCAUCAGGCCGUGCAGUUCGUUUUAUUAAUGUUUUCAUUACGUCGACAUGAAAGUUAAGUCAAACUUAGCUUGCUUGGGUUAUCAACUCCUUUUAGCAACACAAAGUGUAAAAACGUUGUUCAUACUUCUGUUGGUACAAUGUGAUGUAAAUAUUGUAGAUAAUCAUACUGUCUAUAGGACCUGUAUUUUAUAGAGUAUGUAACUUAAAAGAUAAGGUGAAUGUUUUACAUGGAUUUAUCAAAAUGCUGUAGUUAUGUUUUCAUUAAGACUUUCUUCAAGUAGUUAGUGUCAAAAAAAUAAUGAUGUCUGCUUACGUCAGAUGUGUCGGUUGGUCUUCAGUGGCGCAUUUAUCCUCUUGUUGGUUGUAAUAAAAUGCUUUUUGUUUGUUUAUUA